UUGACAAACUUUAAGAUGAAGUCGUUAAUCCUGCUGAUUCUGGGAAUAGGAAAUCUUCAUACAGUAUAUGCUGUGACCCAUUCACUGAAGUACUUCUACACAGGAGUGUCAGGUGAUAUUAACUUCCCAGAGUUCACUGUGGUGGGUAUGGUAGACGAUGUCCAGUUCAUGUAUUUUGACAGCAACACCCAGACUGCAGUCCCAAAGGUUGAGUGGAUGAAGAGAGAAGGACCAAAAUACUGGAAAAGCGAGACUCAUCUUGGUAUUAAUCGACAUCAGGUCUUUAAAAACAACAUUCAAGUAUUAAAGGAUCGCUUCAACCAAUCCAUGUCUACAGGUGUACAUGUAUUCCAGUGGCAGUAUGGCUGUGAGUGGGAUGAUGAGACUGGAGUCAGUGGGGUGUUUGACCAGUAUGGAUAUGAUGGAGAAGACUUCAUCUCAUUGGACCAGAAGACAUUGAUAUGGAUCGCUUCAAAACAACAGGCAGUCAUCACCAAGACCAAGUGGGAGUAUGAGAGAACUGAAAAUGAGAUCCUAAAACAAUAUGUCACCAAUGGGUGUAUUGUUUGGGUGAAGAAGUAUGUGGACUAUGGGAAAAGCAGUCUGAUGAGGACAGUCCCUCCAUCCGUGUCUCUGCUCCAGAAGACCCCCUCCUCUCCAGUGACCUGCCAUGCUACAGGUUUCUACCCCAGUAGAGUCAUGGUGACCUGGAAGAAAGAUGGACAAGAACAUCAUGAAGAUGUGGAGAUGGGAGAGAUUCUCCCUAAUGAUGAUGGAACGUUCCAGACGAGUGUCCGUCUGAAUGUGAAGCCUGAGGAGAGGAAGAACAACAAGUACCAGUGUGUGGUUCAGGUUGCAGGUAUCAAUGAGGACUUCAUCAAGGAUCUGACUGAGGACACAACCUCCAUUGGCCCCAUCAUUGGAGUGGUGGUAGCUGGCUUCCUGGUCAUCAUUGCUGUUGUUAUUGGGGUCGUCAUCUGGAAGAAGAAGAGCAAGAAAGGUUUUGCUCAAACCAACACUUCAGACACUGACUUUGACAACUCUGAGAGAGCUGCCCAGAAGAUUUGAGACCUCAAAAUGUAUUUUUCUUAAUAGUUGAGUCACUUCACAUUGGCACCCACUUCUCCUGUCUGUUCGGUUUUUGGUGUGUAACCUCUGUCUUUUGGUGUGGUUUAGGAGAAAGCUGAAGAGGACAGGGAUGAAAUGGAAACAACAGACAUAUUUUUCUGAAUCCAAGAACAUAGCACAUACAUGUAUACAUUCAUGCACACAUACAGUAAUCACAGAUCUUAUGUACAAAUCCGCUGUUAAGAUAUUCUUUGAUUUUAUUAACACUUUUGCUGACCUUUAAUCUAUGGUUUGGCUUUUUAAAAAUGUGCUGUUAUUUUGUUAAAUUCAAAUAUGUAUAUAAGUAGUACUGUGUAAUAGAUUAAUCAGUCUGCAAAUGGAACACCUAAAAAAAUGUGAAAAUGGACAGGAUGAAACCAGAACCAUAUUCGGCCAAUCUAUCCACAUUUUCCAUUUAUACAUAGUUUUUCUUUUCUGUCACUUCAUUUAUUUUUCCCUUUAUUUUAUGGGAAGUUUGAUUUAAUAUGGAUUGCGCAUGUCUGUAGAAAUAGUUGGUGAUGGACAGUAAGUAAACAAGCGUUUUAGUGCAGUUGUUUGUACUUAUGGAGGCUCCACAUUUAUUCUGUGAAAGGCUUGUAAAUGUGAGAUCUACUUUAUCAUAAAGUAUCAACCGUCAUACAUAGAUGAAAGGGAGAUGAUUAGCUUGCCAGAUGUGCCAUUAAAUGUGUUUUCUUUUCAGAAAGUAGCUUUUUUAGCUUAUUUGAUUUUAUAAUAGGUUUAAUUUAAUGAUACAUUGUUAAUUGAAUUCUGAUGAAAUAGUUGGUGAUGGGGAUAUAAGUGAAGAAGCAUUUUAUUUGCUUGUGUUCAUCCAAAUUAAUUGGGUUGAGUUAUUUUUUUGUCCUGGAGUAGGCUUAAUCUUCACUUCUCCCUUAUCAGUGUCAUUGAAACUAUCAAAUACACACCCCAAUACAUUUUUUGUGUGUGCAAAAAGUCAACUAUCAACUUGGGUUUCAUUCUGGAUUAAAACUCUCUCUUUUUUCGAAUUUCUGUAUUAUAGCAUGAUUGAAAUUUAAAGGCUGACUUGGGGCCAUUUUUCAAUAAAAAAAACUUAACGUUUGUGAA